UGUUGAUAAUUGCUUCAAAAUUCAUAUAUAUUCCGAUAUUCCUUUUCAAUGGAGAUGUGUGUUUUGAAACAAACUUCUCAAAUUAUGUUCGCUUUGUUUGUUUUCAGUGGUUUGCCGUCAACGAAGCGUUGGACGGUUACAUUUCUAUUUUUCUGAUUCAAGCUUCAUAUUUGGUUUGCAACCACAGGAAUUUGAAAACGUUUUUUGACUCGAUAGACUCCCGAAAUGUGUGCAAACUUUUUUGUUGUCCUUUCUCCAAAGGUUCCCGAGUUGGUGUUGUUGCACAGCCGGUUAUGCGAAUUUAUUCAACAAAUGUUCAGUGAACCUAUAUAUUCUUACACAACACAAUUAGUUGGAAAACUAACCUAUGGCAAAUUUAAGCAGGUGAAUAUAUUUUAUUUAACUUGAAAUAAGUCAAACCUCAUAAACAUUCCACAUCAUGGAGAAAAACUUGUCGCUACUUUUCUCCGAAUCGGAGAAUGCUACAGUAUUCACAGAAGUGGUGCCCAACGGAAAAAUUGCUGUUCUCGUGGGUACAUGCUCAAUUGUUUUUUGUUUUAUCUUCCCUUUUUAUAUCGUCGUCUUUCGCUCUAAUAGACAAAGGGAUAGGUCUACGCCCAUAUUUCCAAUUAUUAAACACUUUUAUUCAACUGUUGUGAGAACUUAUAUUCUACAUUUUGGAUUUUAUGUGAUUGUAAUAAUAUGUUUCGCUUUGAACUCUAGUACGCUUUUCAUCCUGGUUUUUUUAUUCCUUAUAUUAUGGGCAGCACACUUAACUAUGAGUAACAAAGUGAAUCAACUAUUGAUGGGAAUUCUUGCUAUUCAAAGAUUUUGCAUAUGUUUCCACCCAAGAUCUGAAAACUAUUUGAAAAUUACACACGGAACUUUGAAUUGGAUUGUAUUUAUAGGAUACGCAUAUUUUUUGCUCGAGAAAGUCAUUUUUUUUUUGAUGUGUUUGCGCGAUUUUGAAGCUGCGAAAGUUUUUUAUAUGGUCAGUUUGAUUUCAACUAUUGUAAUUUUUGGUUGAAUUUUGAAAUUUUCAGUUUUCCUACAUUUCAAUGCAUUUGUUUUUGUUGAUUUCUGCACUAACAUACAUUCUUUUAAUAUUGAAUAUUUGGAAAAAAUCAAAGCAUUUAACAUCCGCUAAACUGAACAAACCCCAAAACUAUAUAAUGUGCCAGUUUCUGUUGAUAAUUGCUUCAAAGUUCAUAAAUAUUCCAAUUUUCUUUUUUAAUCGAGAUGUGGGUUUUAAAUCAAACUGCUUAAAUUAUGUACUUUUUUUGUUUUCAGUGGUUUGCUUUCAACGAAGGGCUGGACGGUUACAUUUCUAUUUUUCUGAUUCAAGUUUCAUAUUUGGUUUGCAACCACAGAAAUUUGCAAUUGUUUUUAGACUCGUUAAAAUCCCGAAAUGUGUUCAAACUUUUUUGUUGUCCAUUUUCCAAAAGCUCCCAAGUUGGUGUUGUUGCACAGCCGGUUAUGCGAAUUUAUUCAACAAAUGUUCAGUGAACCUAUUUCUAAGAAAUUUAUAAACUUCAAUAAUAAUUGCUGACGCUUUUUGUCUAUUAAAAGUGCGUGUGUUGAAUAGACACUCUGUUAUAUAAUUUUUCGAUAAACAUUUUGAGUUUUGCUUCCGACUUUUUUGAUAUUUAAUUGCAGAUUCUGAAAUCCGACCAAUUAUUAGUUUUGGUAUGUACUGAGAAGAAUCUAGUUGGGAUGCAUGAAAAAAUUUUAACUUUAAAAAUUAGAGCUAACGCUUUCCCCGUCAUUUAAAUCGCUCGCAUCGUCGCCGGGCGACAUAGAGAAUGUAGCGGGUGAGGUGCGGGCUGAAUACCAAUUUCCUAUACGGUUAUCCAUACUACUCACUUGCCUACCUAUACCUACACCUACAUGUUGAACGAAUGACAUAUUUUAGCGUAAAAUUUAUCAUGUCUGUAAAGUUUUUGCUUUUGAAAAAUAAAAUCACUAGGUUAACACACAAUACUGACUAGAGACAUUUCUAAUAAUGACAUUUUCAAAGGGAAGUCUGAAUAACAAUUUUGCACUCACAGAGCCACGAGCCCUCGUGAAACAUAAUUACACCCAAUCCUAGAAAACCUACAAUUUGUGAUAAUUACCGUCACGUCGCAAGGUGUAUAAAUUCUGAGUGUAUACCGAACUAUUUUUCAUUUUUAUCGAAACCUUAACAAUGGUCGACUUCUCAUUUCUCAACGAGCCCUACUAUUUCUCAAUGUGCCUCUACGUUGUCGGAGCCCUCUCUUUCCCGCUUCAUCUUUUUGCGGCCUACUGUAUUUUAUUCCAAUCCCCGGCAACUAUGAAACAUGUGAAAUGGGUCAUGUUUAAUUUGCAUUUCUGGAAUUCGUAUCUCGAUUUGACUAUCAGUACAUUCAGUCAGCCGUUCAUUAUUCCACCGGUUUUCGGUGGAUUCUUUCUGGGAUUUUUCAGCAAGAUUGGGGUAAAUAUAAGCUUGCAAGUUUAUAUAAUGGUUACAUUACUGAUGAGUAAGUUUUUGAGAUAUUUUGUGAACAAGCUGAAUGCUGCAGGCAGCAAAACGUUGCAAAAUUCUGCAGAAAGUUUACAAAAUGCUGCAGAGAGUUGACAACUUUCUGCAGCACAUUUAUCGUUUUCUACCAACCGCGUUUGCGAAUUUCUGCAGCACAUUGCAAGCUGACCCACUGCAAAAAAUUGAAAAAAUUCUGCAGAAAAUUGGGUGGCUUAGAAGUAUAGCUUAAUUUAGUGUUGUGUCGUGACGACGAUAGAGAAUAAUAAGAAGGUUUAUUAGUUAACCCGGAGAAGUGUGGAAUAAUUCAAAAUACAAGAAGAGUUCACAGUGACCCUUUGCUCACGUCGAUAACUAGUAAAGGUUCACGUUCCUAUCCAACAUUUAGUUUACUGGCAUUUCUAACGUCCCAUAUAUUUUCAGUGGUCGCCGUCGCCACAACUGCAAUUUUCGAGAACCGUUUCUACAUAAUGUUUGCCGAUCAUACAUGGUGGAGUUGGGGACGUGUGUUCUUCUACCUCAUCAAUUAUUCUCUGGCGCUUUUGUACUUUGUGCCUACCGUAAUCCAAAUUCCAGAUCAAACCGUUGCGAGAUUAGCGAUAUUCGAGUUGUACCCCCAGGUCCGUCACUUUGACACCCCGGAGCAUGAGAUUUUUGUGGUGGCCUAUGAUAUGGAAGUCCGAGAGUACAUCGGGUAUCGGCAGCUAAUAAGCUUAGGUGUUAUAAUUAUACAAGGUCUUGCAUUUUUGAUAAUUCUGCAUUGCAAUAUUUCAAUGUCCACCAGAAAUAUGACAAUAUCAAAAACCACUUUAAAGAUGCAAAGGAUGUUUUUGAAUGCAGUAUACAUGCAGAUCGCGAUCCCUGCAAUCAUCAUGAUAGUUCCUCAAAUUAUACUGAACGUUCUCGGCUACCUGUACAUGAACAGCCCAGAAAUGAACAGUCUUGCAUACAUGUUCAUGUCGAUUCAUGGAGCAUCUGCAUCGGUUAUCAUGCUCUACUUCCAUGCUCCAUACCAGGAAUUCUGCGCAAAACUGUUCUGCAGGAGAUUCCACAGCAAGCCUAAAAUUGAAGUCAACUUUCUCAAUUCGUCUGGAACAGAAGGAAUUACGCCGUUGUGAUCUUUGAAUUUUUUCGCUAUUACUGAUUGUUU